AUGGGCCUGUCCGCCUUGCUGGCGAGCGCCGUGGGCACCUUCGUGCUGCUGCCGCUGCUGCUCUUCGCGGCCUCCGUGAAGCUCUGGGACUUGUACUGCCUGCGGGGCCGCGAUCGCGGCUGCGCCUUGCCGCUCCCCCCUGGCACCAUGGGGCUGCCUUUCUUCGGGGAGACGCUGCAGUUGGUGUUGCAGCGGCGCAAAUUCCUGCAGAUGAAGCGGCGCAAGUACGGCCACAUCUACAAGACGCACCUCUUCGGCCGCCCCACGGUGCGCGUGAUGGGGGUGGAGAACGUGCGGCACAUCUUGCUGGGCGAACACCGGCUGGUGGCCGUGCAGUGGCCCGCCUCGGUGCGCACCAUCUUGGGCUCCGGCUGCCUCUCCAACCUCCACGACGGGCAGCACAAGUGCCGCAAGAAGGUCAUCAUGCGGGCCUUCUCCCGCGAGGCCUUGGAGCAGUACAUCCCAGUGAUCCAGGAGGAGGUGAGUGCUUGCCUGAGGCUGUGGUUGCUGGCUACUAGCGGUGGCGCCUGCCUGCUGGUUUACCCGGAGGUGAAGCGCCUCAUGUUCCGCAUCGCCAUGCGCAUCCUGCUGGGCUUCCGGCCGGGCCAGACGGGCUCCGACAGCGAGGAGUUCCUAGUGGAGGCCUUUGAGGAGAUGAUUCGCAACCUCUUCUCCCUGCCUAUCGACGUGCCUUUCAGUGGUCUUUACAAGGGCUUGAGGGCGCGGGACGUCAUCCACGCAAAGAUCGAGGAGAGCAUCCGGGCGAAACUGGCUGGGAAGGAGCCGGCCGACGGCUACAAGGACGCGCUGCAGCUGCUGAUGGAGCACACGCAGAGGAACGGGGAGCAGCUCAACAUGCAGGAGCUAAAAGAAUCUGCGACUGAGCUUCUUUUUGGAGGGCACGAAACCACGGCCAGUGCUGCCACCUCCUUGAUUACCUUCCUAGGCCUUCACCAGGAAGUCCUGCAAAAAGUUCGAAAGGAAUUAAAAGAGAAGGGAUUAUUGGGCAGCAUGAGACAAGAGAAGCAUCUGGAAAUGGAUGUCCUGGAACAGCUGAAGUACACUGGCUGUGUCAUCAAAGAGACUCUCCGGCUGAGCCCACCGGUUCCAGGAGGAUUCCGGGUGGCCCUCAAAACCUUUGAGCUAAAUGGAUAUCAGAUUCCUAAAGGCUGGAACGUCAUUUACAGUAUCUGUGACACCCAUGACGUUGCGGAACUUUUCAUCAACAAAGAUGAUUUCAACCCCGACCGCUUCAUGUCUCCUUUCCCAGAGGAUGCCUCACGAUUUAGUUUCAUCCCUUUUGGAGGAGGCUUGAGAAGCUGUGUUGGCAAAGAAUUUGCCAAAAUUCUCCUCAAGAUCUUUACUGUAGAGUUGGCACGGAACUGUGACUGGCAACUUUUAAAUGGACCACCAACCAUGAAGACCGGCCCUAUCGUGUAUCCAGUGGACAAUCUGCCGACAAAAUUCACACGUUUUAACGGUCAGGUCUAA